AUGAAAUCGGCUGUAAGGUCAGCCUUACUUUGUAAACUGAUCAAUAUUGGUGUCUCUACAGAUGUAACCUUCGGAACCGAUUCUGUGUUCUUCGGGCAUGAACUGAGACGCUUCAUCGACAACCUCGAAAGAAUUGCAUCAGCAUUUCAUUACGAAGUUUCGUCAAACGAAGCUACGGCACGUAAUUAUAUUAACCCUUUUAUGGUCGAUGCAGUUGCAAAAGUUAGGUCGAAAUAUCCAUCGACGCGGCUGGUUGUUGAAGUAGAUUUCGACGGCAGUCGUGGCUAUGGCCUCCUGGACUAUGUUAUCUAUUGCCGAGAUCUCGCAAUUCUGAUUUCGGAAGCCAAAAUGUUUGAAAUCCAGAAAGGAAUAGCACAAAUCCUUGUGCAGCUUCAUACCGCGGCGGAGAAACGUAAACGUAAACUCGACGAGUCAAUCACUGACCCCCCAAUAAUUUGCGGCAUCGUGUCAACUGGAAAUGAAUGGCGAUUCAUCCUUUGGUCCGGUUUACCAGAGAACCCUACCAUAAAGAUUUCCAAGCCGUAUGUCUGUGCAUUCGGAGGAGACAUGCGUGAGGCGAAGGAAGUGAUUUCCAUCAUUGUCCGCAUCCUCCAAUCGCAAGCCAGUGUGUUGGCACCACAGGAUGAAGUGAAAGAUGAAGUGAAAGCUGAGGGAAUUGAUGACGAAAAAUGA